AUGCGAAGUCAUACAGAAAUUUCGGAUACAAAAACAAUUCAAGAAAAUAAAGAAAAUGAACGAGAGCCAUUGCCAGAAAGUGAGGUAAAUGAACUUUAUACCGAUAAAAGUAUGCAAUCAGAAGAAGAAGAAGAAAGUGAAGCAAAUGAACUUGAAGAUGAAAGUACACAAUCAGAAGACGAACCACUUUCUAACUUAAUAACUAAGAAUGAAUUAUUGGAAGAAAGUGAGGAAAAUGAACUUUAUGAACAACCGCUUUCUGAGCUGCAUAGUUUCUUAGUCGCACAUACUCGAGUUCACACGGGAGAAAAACCAUAUAGAUGUAAUGUUUGUUAUAAAUUAUUUACUCAAAAAAGCAGUUUAAAUGGACAUAUGCGAGGUCAUACAGAAAUUUCGGAUCCAAUAACAAUUCAAGAAAAUAACAAAAAUGAACGGGAGGUAUUGCCAGAAUCGUUAAUUCAAAGUGAAAACAUACAAUCAGAAGACGAAACACUUUCUAACUUAACUAGGAGUGAAUUACCGGAAGAAAGUGAGGACAAUGAAAUUUAUGAACAAACGCUUUCUGAGCGUUUGGCUGCACGUAGUAUUUCUUUAUCAGAAACUCGUCCACCUUACGGCUUGCUGACGAAAGUUAUUAAACCAGCUCAUUUCAAACUAGCCGGUGUAUAA